CGCAAAGCAGCAAACUUAAACCCCUUCGAUAGGGUUUAUUCAGGACGGAAACGCAGUGCAGCAUCCUCACAGUUCAUCAAUGGCGUCUGCCCUAUGGAGAAAUGCCAAUAUUCUCCGCAGUGCUAAUCGGAUUAUAUCAUCUCGGUGUCUCGGCCAAUGCAGAUCGGCGAUGCCACCACCAUCGGCGGUAAUUGAGAAUCACAGUUCCACUCUCCUUCGCUCGGUCAUACCUGUAGGUGUAGGAGCCCAAUCUCUGCGCGUCUAUCAAAGAUUUUUCUUUAGUACAAAUGGAGCUCCUGUAAGCUCGGAAAUUUCAACAAAAGCUGAAAAAACUAAAUCUGAUGGAGGUGACAAGUCCGGCGAUUCGCAGCAGAGCAGCGAUGCUGGAAAAUCUGUACGCGGAGGGCCUGUUUCGUGGUUGAGUUUUCUGUUGUUGGUGGCCACUGGAGCCGGAAUAAUUUCUUACUACGACAAUGAGAAGAAGCGGCAUAUUGAAGAAAUAAACAAAGCUUCUGAAGCUGUAAAAGAAGGACCAUCUGUCGGGAAAGCAGCCAUUGGUGGCCCAUUUAAUCUCAUCAACCAUGAUGGGAAGAAUGUGACGGAAAAAGAUUUUAUGGGGAAAUGGACGUUAAUAUAUUUUGGAUUUACUCACUGCCCUGAUAUUUGCCCAGAUGAGCUGCAAAAGCUUGCUGCUGCAGUUGAUAAAAUAAAGGAAAAGGCAGGUUUUGAAAUUGUACCUCUAUUCAUCUCUGUAGAUCCUGAGAGAGAUACCGUUGAACAAGUGCGUGAAUAUGUCAAAGAAUUUCAUCCAAAAUUAAUUGGGUUAACCGGCGACCCAGAUGAGAUAAGGAAAGCUGCCCGUGCAUAUCGUGUCUAUUAUAUGAAGACAGCAGAGGAAGAUUCAGAUUACCUGGUUGAUCAUUCUAUAGUCAUGUACUUGAUGGGUCCUGAUAUGCAAUUUGUCAAGUUCUUUGGGAAGAACAAUGAUGUUGAUUCACUCACAGACGGUAUUAUUAAAGAGAGAAAACAGUACAAAGCGAAAAAGUAGAAGCAUACACUUAAUUAAUUCUAUUGUGUCUCUUCUUGCUCGGAGCACUUCCAUUUUUUUGGUUACGCGGAGAAUUGAUGAUUAUACCAUUUUUUGUGGUCUGACAAUUGUUUCCAUGGUGUUUCAAAGUGCACCAAUACAUUGAAUCAAACUGCUAUUAUACUACAUGUUAUGUUGAGAUAUUUAACGAAAAUAAUAUGCUUCGAAUUUAAUGGAGUUUUUCCAAGAUUCUUCGUUA